AUGGAUGCUGAAACUGUCCAGUUCAAAAGGAAGGCUUGGAAAGCUAGAAACACAAUUCAUGUCUUCACUGAAGAAGAUUCACCCUUUGAUAAUGACAGUAUUAAGGAUUUGGACAAGCAGAAAGUCAUGCCAAAAAGGAAGCAAUCAACUCAGGGUGCAGAGCCUAUGGAAACCAAUGAAACAGACAACAGCAAAAGAUUCAAAGACUACCCAGAAUACUAUGCUGAAACUAUGGCUUCAAGCUUUCCCCUUAUGACUAAUGGUGCUUAUGGCUCAUCAACACCAACCCCUGAGAAACAUGAUAAACUUUUAAAUUCUAUGAAACAACUUAAUAUCCAAAAAUUUUGGCAUGUUAAUCCUGGUGGGGCUAGUGGUACAACUGGUGGCUUAGUAAUGAUAUGGAAGAACAAUCUUGAUGUUGAGAUUCUAGAUUGUUCUUUUAACCAUAUCAAUGUUAAAAUACAGCCUACUAGUGGCCCUCCCUGGCUCUUCACUGGUUAUUAUGGUAAUUCUAAUAAUACUCAGUGUAAACUAAAUUCUUGGAAAGUUUUGGAGUAUACUACUUCCAAGAACUCCCUCCCUUGGUUGGUUAUUGGUGAUUUCAACUUUAUUUUACAUGAUUUUGAAAAAUACAGUACCCAACCACUGGACCAUGCUGAAGCUAAUAUUUUUAGUAACAAGAUUAUUGAUCUGGAUCUAAAUGAUUUAGGCAGCAUUGGCCGCCCUUUCACUUGGACAAAUAAGAUAAGUGGGCCUUCUGUCACUAAGCAGAGAUUGGAUAGAGGAUUAUCCACUGAGUCCUGGCUCCUCCUAUAUCCAAACUCUACUAUCACUAAUCUUUUAUCUAUUGGCUCUGAUCACCAUCCCAUUUUUCUUAACACUAAUCCGUACUUGAGUACUGGUAAAAUCCCUUUCAAGUUCUUUGGUCCUUGGCUAGACCAUAAGGAUUGUAAGGAUAUCAUUUUUGAAUGUUGGCAGAAGAACUUAUCUGGUCCUAGCGCUUUUCUAAUUGCUAGAAAACUCAAAGAGGUCAAUAUGAAACUCAAAAUAUGGAACAAAGAAGUUUAUGGCAACAUAAAGACAAACAUUGAAGAAUGUAAGCAACAUCUGCAUUGGCUACAAGAAAACUACUUCAAUCAGGACAGAAGUAAAGCCUUACAAACUGCAAUAAAAGUUCUCAGAGAAUGGCAAGACAUUGAAGAAAAAUUUUGGAAAAUCAAAAGCAGAGACCAAUAUAUCAAAUUGGGAGAUAAGAAUACAAGUUAUUUCCACAGAACUACAAAAAGCAGAUUAAGGAGGAACAAGAUAGAUACCAUCCAAGAUAGUUCUGGAAACUGUAUUGAAAACUACCAAGACAUAAAGCAAUGCUUCACCAACCACUUCUCAAAAAUGGCUACUUCAGAAUCUCCUUCUAUGAAUACUGAAAUCCUUAACCUCAUUCCUACAGUCAUAACCACUGAAGAUAACAAAAAUCUUAAUAGAAUUCCUGAAGAUAGUGAGGUCAAAGUUAUUCUCUUCAUCAUGGCCAAAGAUAAAGCUCCAGGACCAGAUGGCUUCCCACCUAACUUCUUACAAGCGAAUUGGGACAUUAUAGGAGAUGACCUAGUUAAAAUGGUCCAACAUUUCUUCAAAAGAGGUCUUAAAGGCAACAAAGGAAGUAUGGGGAUCAAGAUUGAUAUGGCUAAAGCCUUUGACAGAGUGGACUGGAAGUUUCUGCAUACAAUUUUGGUCAAAAUUGGCUUCAACUCUGAAUGGAGCAACAAGAUUAUGCAACGCAUAUCCACUACUUCUACUGUUGUCCUUCUAAAUGGCUCCCCUGACAAAUUCUUUAACCCUACUAGAGGACUCAGGCGAGGAGACCCCCUGUCUCCUUACCUGUUUUUUUUCUGCAUGGAGGCUCUAUCCAGAACCUUAUCUCAUGAUGAAGAGUUCGGUCUCAUCUCUGGAGUAAAAAUUUGUAGAAAUGCCCCAUCCAUAAAUCAUCUCCUCUUUGUUGAUGAUUAUAUGGUUUUCUGUAAGGAAAACACUAUUGAAGCACAGAAUCUCAAGGAUAUCCUCAACAUUUUUGGAGAUACUUCUGGCCAACUCAUCAACUUCAGCAAAUCAGGAGUCUUCUUCAGCAAGGACACUGAUCCAGGUCUUAUGCCUACUAUCUGCAAGCUGCUUGGAGUUCAAAUUCUACCUACAAAUGACAAGUAUCUAGGCUCUCCUUUAUUUACCCAUAGAAGCAAGAUCCAAUCUUUCAAACCAGGAGUGGAUAAGAUGAAGAGAAACCUGUCUAGCUGGAAUAAUUCCCCACUGAACCCAGCUGGAAGAGAAGUUAUAAUAAAAUAUGUCACCUCUAUAGCGAGCAUCUAUCAAAUGAAUUGUUUCAGAAUCCCAAAGCAAACCUGUCAAAAUAUGAACAAAGUACAAAGAGAUUUCUUCUGGGGAAAGAACCUGGAAAACCCCACAGGAUACUACCCAAAAGCCUGGACGGACAUUUGCAAACCUAAGGAUCUUGGUGGAUUAGGUUUUAUGAAUAUGGAGCUUUUCAACAGUGCCAUGAUAACAAAAAUAGGAUGGAGACUGGAUCAGGACAAGGAUUCUCUCUGGUACAAACUGAUGGAUGCCAAAUAUUUAUUUGGAAGAAAUGUUCUCAGCAUGAACACCAAAGCUAAAGAUGGAGACUCCUGGAUAUGGAAAGGGGUUUUAGAAGAUAUUCAGAACAUACAACAACACUAUCAAAAGGAAUGGAAUAUUCAACUCAUACAAAAAAUCUUUAGCUCUGACACUGCUCAAGUCAUCACUAAUCUUGAUAUUCACCCCAGAGAAGAAGACAUUAUUCACUGGAAUCUCAACAACACAGGAAAAUUCUCUAUUAAAGCUCUAUACAAAGCCAAAAUAGAGAAUCUCUAUAGAAAUGAUCAAACAACAAGAGACUGGAGAGCUAUAUGGAAUUUGGAAGUGGCACCAGCUGUCAAAAGUUUUCUCUGGAAAUGUGCUCAUGAAGUUCUGCCAACUAAUGCCAAAACUGCAAGCAUUCUCCACUAUGUUGAUCCCAUAUGCAAAUUAUGCAACUGUGGGGAGGAAACUAUGACACGCAUGUUCCUCAACUGUCCUGCUGCCACUUAA